AGAUGCUAUACAUGAUGUUCAUAGGAUGAUAAAGAUUAUUCACCAUAGACGGAAUAGAAUCCAUCAUUAAAACAUCAAGUUAAAAACUAUAUAUCCCAACAUGACGAUUGGUAACCCUGGACAAACUUAUGGAGUUCGUGUUGGCAACGAAACUUAUUCAUUGGUCAUCACUGAUGAAGAUUUGGAGAAACGGAAGAUAGAUCGAGAAAAAGCAAAAAAGUUAUCUCAAGAAACAAACAGGAGAAGAAAAGCACUAGAAGAGAGGAAGAAGUUAGCAGAAGAGAGAGAAGCAAGGAAGAGAAGUCUUGAACUCUCUAAACGACGUCAGCGGCAAACUGAAGCAACUGAAAGAUAUCAGAGAUCACAUCUUGGGAUAAAACACGAUAAGAGAUCCAAAUUCACUCAUGGCGGCAAAGGCAUCCCAUCACUUGACAGUGUGCUGCAUCAACUUAGAAGUGGAAGCACUGAAAUAUUUUACGACCAAAUGUUGGGAAACACUGGUGAAACAUCGAGGGAAUUAUUGAAUCAAGGAAAACAAAUGUUUGAGUCUGAGUUGGAAGAACAACAGAAGAAAUUAAUCGAUCAACAUAAACAACAAACAGUAAAGGAGUUCCAGGAAGAAUUGCAACGUGACAACAUCCUCACACCGUCUGCCCAACCCAACCUUGAUGUCAGUGAUACCGAUAGUUUAGAUGACCAACCUAUGCAGUACCACCCUGCGUACACACAACCCUACAGAGCCCCCUACACUCACUCCAACAUAGACAUAAUGUCCGGAAGAGCAUACGAACCUUACUACACAGCACAACCACAAUAUAAAUCACAACCCCAGUUUAAUAACUUGGCCGACACUUUGUCAAGAUUGUUUGUGAAUAACCAAGGAUAUUCAAAGGGUAAAUAUGAAUCUCCUUCCUUUGUGAAAGCGAAACCAUCUGAUCAGAACUUAACGAUUGAAGAAGCUGAUGAUGUCAUCAAUGAUGAUGUCGUAGAUAAUGGGGGAGAAAUACAACGAACCAAAUCCAAUGUGUUGGACUAUGGACCAAGUACACACGCAACAUACAACACAAAUAAUGGAGAAUAUUAUAACGCAACUCAAUAUAAGGAUGAAACACAACAUGAUCAAGUAUUAGACGACCAGGAGUCAUUGCAUGGGAGUAGCAGUUCAGGGACUUCCCCAGCAUUUGGUCACAUGACCUCCUUCCAGAAGAAAUAUUAUUCUGUGGAGGAAAAUCGGACAGAAAGUAAAUUUGGUUCAAGUCGUGCCCACUCAGCUCCACCUACUGGUCAUACCAACAACCGUGUCGAUGUAAACUUGUUUGAAAAUGCUGAAUCAUCAAACCAGUUUGGUUACUCAGCACAAACAGCAGUUCGCGCACCACCGAGUUAUUAUGUCAAAUCAUUCAGGCCGUGGAGCGCAACCGUACAUAGUUCCUCUCACUCGGGGGCAGCAGAGCCACCCAAAGCCACGGCAGCUCGGCCCGUGUCUGCUGUCCAACGAACACGGAUCGAAAACGCUGAGAAACAAGAAACUGUGAAUGAAACCAAGCACCCACAAAGUACCGGUGAUGCCGGGAAGAAGGAGAAUGAACUGUGGGUUAGUUCGGCUAAAACAACGGCCACACCCAUCAGUGCAAUGUAUAAUGAAGCUUGGAGCAAACCCGCUGUAGAUUUAUCCACCUCGCGAUCUGUUGUUCUCCUCGCAAGGCAAGCCAUACACACCUCAACUCCAGUGUCAUCACCUACUAAUGUUACAAAAACCCUAGUGUCAUCUGUUCUAACUGACUCUGAACCAUUACCGGCACCAAGCCAGCAGCAAAACGUGACUUUUUCACCUGAAGUUGACAUAAAAGAAGCGGAAACUUUGACGGAAUCAAAGUCAACAACAAACCCUAAACAUGUGAAAGGAAUCUUGAGAAAAGUUUCAAAAUACGAAAAAACUUCGCGACCUAAUUCCUCCAUCUACCCAACCUACCACACGGCAGCUGCGUUGGCACGGCAACACUGGGUUGAUCACAUGACCCAUAUGCCUGUGACCCGACCACGAUCCACGGUGCGAGCAAAACUUAACGGGGUUGAAGUAAAAGACAGUUUUGAGGUGAAAAAGGUGCCCGAAGUAAAAGGGAAAUCAGUGAGGUGGCAUGAGGUUCAGUAUAAUGAUGGAACAUCUGUCACUAUAGCUGAAUCAGGAGCAAUUAUACCACAGAAACCACAAGUUCCUGCAACUACUACUAUCCCUACACCCAAACCUGUUACAAAGAAACCGAAAAAACCAACCUCCCCUCCAAAGUCAAAACAGCCGGCGAAAGGAAAGAAGGGAGCAGGGAAGGGAAGGAAACUUAAACCUGCAAAGGAAGUAGUGAUUCCUAUGGAACCGCAUCCUCCAACUACAAAGAAGAAGCAUCUUUCAAUGGCUUCAACAAUCAACUACUCCAUACCUAACAAUGGAGGAGGGAGCCCCACCACAGUAGUGAGGGGGGCGGCGGAGAAGUCGCGACAGCGAGUAGCUUGGGCCAACAAGGAGGACACAGUUACUAUGGAUACACUGAAGUCGUCAGGGAGCGCGGAGAGCCCGGAGUGCUCGAGGAGCCCAGGAGGAAAUUAUGUUGUAAAGAAUGGAAACCAGGUCACAAUACAUAUGAUGAGUACAGACUUCACACAAACUAAACUCGAAUCUCCUGAAAAGUCACCCCAGUUAAACAGAACACCAACGGACCAAGAGAUCAACUGGUUGUGGGACAAAGUUCGAACUUGUCUUGCACAGCGACCCAACACACGAGGGCACAAUGGAGUUCUUCGCAAAUCGGCAAGCGAUUCUUCAAGAAUCAACGGAACACAAUCAGCUCGUCGUAACGGGUGGUCAGCGACACCUAGUGUUCAACAACAAGCGAGUAUCGUACAGAUUGACGGCGGUUUAUUGGCUCGCGAUAACUUUAUCACGCAGAACAAUCGGCCUCGUGGCAGAAGGUUGAUACGACCGAGUUCUGCCAUUGUCUUGUCAUCAAAACAAAUGUCAAAACCCAGUGAGAUGUAUCCACCAUUCAUGAGAAGACAAGCAUUACUUCAACAACGUAAGCAGAAGCAUUACAUAUCCAAUGGAAUGAAACCGGAUAUGAUGAAGAACCUAUUGAAUUGUCCGAUCCCGAAACAAAGUCUCCAACUUCCUCUCAACUCACCUUCAUCCACCGGGGGAGCUGCAGAGCACGUAGCCGACAGCACCGCUUCGUUCCUAUUGGCUGAAACUUUGGCUGAGCAAAAUAUGUCCGAGGACCAAAUCCUUCAAGCCAUGGAUUCGCUGCAGAGGAAAACAAAGGAAGCUCAAAAGUUAGGACGACAAGUGUUGCCAUCUACUUUAUCAAUGGAAGAACAAAGGUUGCUGGCAUCACUGGAAAAGUUAAACACUCGUUUAAAGGAAGUUGAAGCAACCGUUACAAACAAUCCAAAUGUUACUUUCUUUAACCAGCAAAAUAUGUUAUAUGCAGCAGAUUCAUCCAUGCAUGACCGUCCUAUGACAUCAUACAAGCAUAAUUAUCGGAGCGUGUCCGCUGAUGUUCGGUACCAACGUGGCCGUCCAAGAUAUUAAUGAUGUCAUAAUAAACAUUGUUACAUCAUAACUUAUGCAAAUUCUAAUAAAGUGUAGAAAUAAUAUUUCGUAGUUCAAGCUGUUGUAAAAAUAACCUCAUUAUGUUUCAAUCAAUAUUUUAAAUAUCUGUUGUGUGUUUAAACUUAUAAUCAAGCCUAAAACAGGGUAAGAUUUCUAAUAAGAACUUUUUGAAUUAUAUGUUAAUUCAGUUAACAAUUCAAUUCAAUUUAUUGCUUUUUGCUUUUAAAAUCUAGGUUCGGCUCUGGCUAAAAAGCUCUGGCUAAAAAUGUUAAAAAAUGGUCUCUAAUUAACAUGUGUAUGUGGGUUGUUACUUAGUUUAUUACUAAGUAUGGAAAGACCUGUGAGAUAAUUUAAAAGAAAUGUAAUUUGCGUAUUAACUGUUACUGACAUGUAUGAUUGAUUUGUACCCUUUUACUCGACUUGGAAAAUGUUUGGUUGCUUGGAAACCAAACAUUCAACACUGUGAUGUCAUAAGCUAAAAUAUUUAAACUGAAACUCAAUUUAAAUACUAUGCACGUUGUAACUGUGGUGUUAAAGUUUGGAUACUUUUGUUGGAAGUGAUGUUACUCUGUGUGGUAUGUAAUAGCAUUAGUGUUAAAUCAUACUGUGCUUUCUUCAUAUUUAUUGUGAAAUUAAGAAUAUUUUUCUAGAAUAAAUUGCAUGUGUGUUCUA